CUUUGCUCUCGGGGCCUGGGGGCAGACAGCUGCUCUCCCCCAGCCAGGUUCCUUCCUCCAAGGAAAGGCUGCGGAGCCCUGGAACAUCUGCCAGCGUGCAAGGGCCCUGACACAAAGCCCUCGAUUGUGCUCCCAUGAAUGCCUCGGCUGUCUCUCCGGGCAGGGCAGGGCAAGCCUCACUGGGGCCCGGCCAGCAUCUCUCUGCAGCCCCCCUUCCCUCCACCCACUAGGUAGUCUGAGUUUCACCUCCACAUGCCUCUGCCCAGGCUGGGAAUCCGGGGGCACUGCUCACCUGGCUCUCCUGGGCACCUUCUUGAGUUUCUAACGGGGAGCUUUGGAAUUGCAAAGCCUCGACUCACUUCAAGGAAAAGGGAGAUCUGGCAUGGAGGAGCAGGCCGUGGCCCACAACACCACUCUCAAUGCAGAAAAGCCCCCUCCAGUGGAAUCCCACAACCCCUCCAGGAUAUUUGGGGCCACCCUCUCCAUUCUGUUGACCUGUGGAAUUAUCUGCAUCAUGGUGGCAGCAACUGUCAGCUUCACCCAGGUUUCGCCCAAGCCUCUUUCGCAGGUAAUGCGAUUAAACUUCCAGAAUCAUCCGGGAUCCUCGAUCAACCAGUCAGUGGUGGUCAGCAAGGCCAAGAAAACCAUCACCUACUACCUCACGUCUUCCGGAAAUCAAACCACCGCCAUCUUGUUUGACUGCAAGAAUAGUUACGUCUGCUAUAAGCUGGCGGGACACAGCAAUUGUUACCUGAAGAAGAUGAAUGCCUGGGAUCAGGAUGCUGCCCAGGCUUCCUUCAACCUAUCAAAGCACAAGGAGGAUCCACCGCUGCUUCCCAGCCACGGUUCCCAAUUCUACCGGGAAUUCCUGGGGGUUGUGCCAGGGAGCCUGGUGCCACCAGCGGAGGCAGGAGAGGCUGUCCGGGCUCUGUGCAAACAGGUGCCCAUCCGCUGGGUUAAGAAGAAAGAUGAUCCUCCAAAGCAGCGGCUCAUCUACCUGUGCAUUGACAUCUGCUUCCCAAACAACAUCUGUGUCUCCAUCUGUUUCUACUACCUUCCCGAAUGAAGGUCCGAAGAGUCCCGGCUUUAGCUCGAACCGAAUCAGAACCUGAGGUCACCCACGUCCCCUCGUGCUCGACCCGAAUCCUCCAGCCUCCCAAGAGAGCCUCCCGCCUUCUCAUCCAGGACUCUGGACCAGCCAGAAG